AUGCAGAAAAAUAUACCAUUCAUAUGGGAUGAGGCAUGCCAAAAUGCUUUUGAAAGUAUCAAGCGAUACUUGUUACACCCACCAGUGUUGAUAGCUCCAAUUUUAGGAAAGCCAUUGAUAUUGUAUAUCACAGCAUUAGAUCGCUCUUUAGGAGCAUUGCUGGCACAAAAUAACGAGGAUGGAAAAGAAGUCGCCCUUUAUUACUUAAGUAGAACUUUGCAUUACUUACCCUCACACACUGUGACAUUAGUGUCAAAAGCUAACCCUUUGAGGUACAUUCUAUCAAAACUCGUGUUGUCUAGACAACUGGCAAAAUGGUCCAUGAUCUUGUCAGAGUUUGAAAUCAACUUUGUCCCACAAAAAGCAAUAAAAGGACAAGCAUUGGCUGAUUUUCUAGUAGCGUACCCGAUUCCAGACAAUAUGGAGUUGCAUGAGGACCUUCCAGACGAGGAACAAAAGUGUGAGGCAGGUGCUGGCAUUGUCUUUGUGACACCUUUUGGAGGACUGAUACCUUACUCUUUUCACAUUUUGGCUAUAUGUACCAAUAAUGUAGCAGAAUAUGAAGCGUUAAUAAUCGGUAUCGAAAUUGCACUUGAAAUGCAAAUACAAUCACUAGAGAAGUGUUCUUUUGAUGGGAUGUUGCUAAGAUGUCUUUCAAAAGAAGAGGCGUCACAUGCGCUUCAAGAAACUCAUGCUGGUACAUGUGGUGCACACCAAGCUGGCCCCAAAUUGUCAGCUCAAUUCAAACGGUUGAGUUACUAUUGGCCUACUAUGGUUCAAGAUGCGAUUAAUUUUGCCAAAUGUUGCAAGUUGUGUCAACUACAUGGAGAUUUUAUCCAUCAACCCCCUCAACCACUUCAUCCUUCUAUAUUUUCAUGGCCUUUUGAAACAUGGGGAAUGGAUGGCAUUGGUCCUUUCACGCCACCAUCUUCCAAAAUCCAUAAAUACAUCCUAACCGUUACAGAUUAUUUCUCGAAGUGGGCUAAAGGUGUACCCUUAAAAGAAGUACGUGCAGAAGAUGUCGCCAACUUCAUAAGAACUCACAUAAUUUAUCGUUAUGAAGUUCCAUAA